CUUCAAAACACCAUCACAUCCAAUGUCUCACAUACGACUUGUACAACAGCAGUAGCUAUGCUGACUACAACCCCUCACCUGCGCACACGGCGCCCCUCUCCCACGACCGUUGAGUACAUAGUCUCAACCGCGCCAGACCUUACUCUCCCCCUACGCGCUCUUACAAUAUUCACAAUCCUCCUCCGACUUCUCACCGGGCUCAGCGUCAUACUCCUCCUCUACUCGAAAUUUCUCCAAUCCUCAUACUCCCUCCCACUAACGCCAUACUCGAGUCCUCCGCCUCUUCUCACAACCGAUUACAUCUUCCACAUUGCCUACAAUGUUACAACAUCAUCCCUCGGCACUAUCUUUGGUAGACUCUCAUCUCGAAUCCCUGCGCUGUUCUUGAUCCCUACCGCAUUUGGACUACUAUAUGCUCUCUCCUUACGACUACAUACCAUCGAAUCGCUUCUCGUGCUCCGUGGUCUAGGCAUCCAGACCUCAUCUUCGUCCUCGACAUAUCUAUCAUCAAGCACGACUCGAUUUAUACCGACUGAAAAGAUCCAGGAUAUCUUUAUCAAUGAAGCGUUCAGAGGGUUCGAGGUUAGAUACUACUUAGUUGUCGUGGUAGAGGGAGAGGAAAGUGUUGUGGUUGUUUUUCCAAGGUUGCUGCCUAGGAGAGCAAUUGUGGAGAAGGUUUGGAGGGGCGCGAGAGGUUGUUUGUUUGAGGGAGUUGGGGAAAAGCAGAGAGCGAAAGAGGGUGAUACGGCGGUUGGGAAGGGGUGAGUGAGAGGUUGUGGACGGCAGCGAGGAGACUAUUGCUCGCUGAAGAUUAAUGAAUUGAGCUGGAGCCAAAGUUUACCAGGGGGUCAAGCCGCGAAGAAGGAGGCUCUGUAUCGACACGAGAUAUGUUGUGAGGUUGAAAAUAUCAGAGGUCCGAACUUUGAGGACGAGAGUGCCACUCAAAGGACUUGAUCCACAGAUGGACAGAUACUUGUCAUUUAAGGAACACCAUAGCUGUGAUGGACAUUGUAGCCCGUCAGAUGGCCCAUGGCAUUUGCGGAUCUACUCUAACGCUUCUACCUGGAUUGAGAAUACAAUGCAAUAAGACAUGUCCAAACCAGUUUAUCUUUAGGUUCUAUUUCUAAUUCGAGCCAAAUAUCUCUUUCAAUUUCGUGUAUGUAUAGUACAUUGCAG